AUGGCCCCAGCAACGCAACCACCUGACCAAUAUUUCGAAUCCAUUCCCUCGGUGCCUUCCAAUCCACAAUGGAAAUGCCUGGUCUGCAAACGGCAGAUGGGCACUUACGGCGCACACUCUCGAUCCAAAGCUCACCUCGAAGCGGUGGCUCGUUACGAGGCCCGUCUAGCAGCGGAAAACCAGAUGAUACCUGGACUCAAUGACAACCAUCAACAAUCCCGAAACACUACACCCUCCCCGCCACAUCAAGAGGACGUUUUCGGGGACGAUGAGGCCGUUUUCGAUACCGAGAUACGACCACCUUCUCCCCCCCUCUCGUACCUCCGUGCCUUCGAAUUUGCGCAGGAAAAUAAGUCAAGUGACUCCGAAGACUCUGACCGCGAAAUUGACCUCCACAAGCUUGCCGAAGCUAUUGCAGCCAUGGAGGACGCUGACAUGGGUCCUCAUGAUGAGGCAGCGGAUGAAGCCGCUCUUGAGGCUGAUCUGCGUAGCGGUCAGCUCCCGGAUUCUUCCGAGUGGUACCCUUUCAAAAAAAAAGAAGAUCAACUCGAAACAUUCUAUCCCGGGCCCAAUACCACCGUAUACGCUCCAUCUUGGACAUAUGCAAUGUGCGACUGCCGGAGUGGGGUGCUCUACGUGCCUUGA